AUGACUCUCUCCAGCCUCGAUGUACCAGCUGGUACCACGCUUGAUCUCUCCAAGCUGGCUGAUGGUACCACGGUCAUUUUUGAAGGCACCACCACUUUCGGUUUCAAGGAGUGGGAGGGACCUCUUCUUUCCAUCGGAGGCAACAAAAUCGUUGUCAAGGGUGCAGCGGGAUCUUCCCUUGACGGCCAGGGUGCUCUCUACUGGGAUGGCAAGGGUGACAAUGGAAAAGUUAAGCCCAAGUUCUUCGCCGCACACUCGCUCACCGGCUCUUCCAUCUCCAACAUCUUGAUCAAGAACCCACCUGUACAAGUUGUCAGCAUCAACGGCUGUGAUGGUCUCACUAUUACUGAUAUGACCAUCGAUGCUUCUGCUGGUGAUAAGGGAGCCUUGGGCCACAACACCGAUGGCUUUGACAUCGGGUCAAGCAACAACAUCGUCAUUGAUGGUGCGAAGGUGUUCAACCAGGAUGACUGCGUUGCUAUAAACUCCGGAACCAACAUCACCUUCAAGAACGGCAUCUGCUCAGGAGGGCACGGUCUAUCCAUUGGCUCAGUCGGUGGCCGUAGCGACAACGUUGUCGAUACCGUUACCUUCUCAAACUCUCAAGUCACAAAGUCCACCAACGGUAUCCGCGUAAAGGCCCGCUCUGGCCAGACUGGCAAGAUCAACAAAGUGACUUACUCAGGCAUCACCUUGUCUCAAAUCUCCAAAUACGGCAUCCUGAUCGAGCAAAACUACGACGGUGGCGAUCUGCACGGUACCGCCGGCACCGGCAUCCCCAUCACCGGUCUGACGCUCCAGAACAUCUCUGGUACCGGUGCUGUCGCCAGCAGCGGGUUCGAUGUCGUUGUCACUUGCGGCAGCAGCACCUCAUGCACUGGCUGGACUUGGUCUGGUGUCUCCGUGACCGGCGGUAAGACCUAUGGCAGCUGCACCAACGUACCUAGCGUUACGAAGUGCUCAUAG